AUGGAUCCGGAUCAAUGGUUCUAUUGGAAGAUUGGGGGAACUGUGGUGGCGUUGAUGGUUGGCGCUGGCGUUUAUUACUUCUGGAUUCGAGAGCCGGAGGCGAUUAUUUACAAAAGUGGGCAGAUACCGAUGACCAAAGUUUCUCGUCGUUAUAGAGUGAGUUAUGGAGAUUUUUAUGUUUGAAUAGAAGCUAUGAGAUCUUAGCUUCUUAUGUUUCAAAUUUUAUAUGCUUUGGGUUACUGUAGCAUAGCUUUUCAACAUUUUUUCUGAGUGGAGCAAUUUUUGCCGGUUUUUCGGCGAAAAAUUGAAUUUUCCCUAAGGGCAUGGAAAUUUACAACGCAAAAAUGGCUUUUAUAGAAAAUUGAAGCUUCAUUAGUCCUAUUUUACUAUCAAUUUCUUACUGUAGUUUUAAUUUUUUUCUUAAAUUUUUUAAAUUUAUCCAAAUUUUGGCCUUUUUUGGUUUUUUCGCCAAAAAAUUAUAAAUCUUGUAGUAAAUUGCUUUCAAAAAAGCGUUUAAAACUUGGUUCGACGUUUGUUUUGUACUUUGAGUUCUAUUUUACGCCCUUCCAAGGGCGCUUUUAUCCUCAAAACUCCGAAAAUUUCCAAAAAUCGCCCUUUUUUUGGCCAUUCCCCAAACUCGUCUCAAGCUCUGCCCUCUGGCUAUCAACUAGAAACAUUCUUAUCUCAAUUCAUUUCUUGCACGUUACUGUUGAAAAUUAUGAAUGUUGAAAAGCGCCAAUCCCCGUUGAAAUUGCGUCAACGGGCCGUAAAGUUGGAGCUAAUCGAAGAUAAAAAAGAGGCGAAAAAUGACGACGAAAGGUGUAUUUUGUAGUGUAUUGUGGGUAUUUAGGCGGAAGAGGUCCUUUCAAGUAGUCAUAGUUUCAUUCCGAAGAAUUUUUGGAGGAUAUAAAAGGACUUGAAAGGGUUUUGGAGCAAGGAUAAUAUAAAAUGGGAGCGAAUGGAAGCAAGGUAAGGCGAUAUAGGGAUUUGAAAUAUUGGAAAAUGAAGAAGGUUGUAUUUUACACCUUUAUUUAGGCGAAACAGCAGAAAUUUUCGUCGAUUUUAGGAUGAAACCUUGGAUUCUAUAUUGUUUUAUGCGAUUUUCGAACUCAAGACACAUAAUUUUGGUCUAAAGUAAAAUUUGUAAAUCUGUGAAAAAAAAGCGGAACGAGGUUUAUGUACAGUGACGGACCUGGCAAAAAACGUACCAUUUUACAUCCGGGAAGUAUCCAAAAAUGUGGCAAAAUACCUCCCUCUCCAAGUGAAAAAAAACUCCUCCGAUUUCAAAAGCGCCCCCACCCUUUUUGAAGGGCGUGCAGUUCAAAACGGAGUUUUUUAGUUGGAGAGGGAGGUAUUUUGCUUCAUUUUUUGAUACUUCCCGGAUGCAAAAUGGUACGUUUUUUUGGCACUGGAUCAGGGCCGUCACUGUAGAGUUUUAAGUCAACUUGCGAUUGAUUUUUCCUUGUUACAACGAGGGACCUGAUCCAAUGGCAAAAAACGUCUCAUUUUGCAUCCCGGAAGGGACCAAAAUAUCUCCGAACCCUUCCCUCCUCUAAGCUAAAACCCCCGAUUUGAAAAGCCCGCCUUGAAGGAAAGGGCGCGCUUUUCAAAGCGGAGUUUUUUAGCUUACGGAAGGGAAGGGUUUGGAGUCAUUUUGGUUCCCUUCCGUGAUGCAAAAUGAGACGUUUUUUGCCAUUGGAUCAGAUCCCUCACUGUAGAUCCAUACAGUGGGGGAUCUGAUCCAGUGGCAAAGAACGUACAAUUUUGCUUCCGGGAGGUAUCCAAAAAUGUGGCAAAAUGCUUCCCUCUCCAAGUGAAAAAACGUCGUUUUGGAGUGCGUACUUUUUUCUUCGCAAAAAGAGCGGGCGCGCCUUGGAAACCUGAGUUUUUUCGCUUGGAGAGGGAGGUAUUUUGCCGCAUUUUGUGAUACUUCCCGGAUGCAAAAUUGUACGUUUUUCGCCACUGGAUCAGGUCCGUCACUGUACAUACUCUUAAACAACACAAUUUUCGGAUUUUUUAGAUAUGUCUUCAUCUAAAAGUAGGACCCCCAUAAAAGCACUUUCCUUGUAAAAUCAUCCCCCAUAUUUUAGCGAACCUCCAAAGGAAUCGUAACGUUCGUCGAGCCGCAUCUACAGAUCCCUCUCUGCUUGGCCGAAAAGACCUCAUUGUCGCAUAAUGUCCGGAAAUUUCGCUUCGCCCUCCCUUCCGCUCAUCAUGUCGCGGGUCUGGAGGCCUGUCAACACGUUCGGGUCUCCGCCGAAAUUGAUGGAAAAACUGUCGUGAGACCUUACACACCCGUCUCGGAUGACGAUUUGGUCGGUUUCGUGGAUAUUGUUGUGAAAAUUUAUAAGAAAUCGGAGAAAUUUCCCAAUGGAGGCGCUCUUUCGCAAUAUUUGGACUCACUGUGUGUUGGUAAGUGGAUAGUUUUGUUGGAUUUUGGUAUUUUAGGCAGUGUUUUGUUGUAUUUUAGACGGUGAAAGGGAUUUUUAGUGGAUUUAGUGAGGGUUUUGGACCUUAUUUUAGGUAUUUGUCAUCAUGGAUAAUAUAAAUUUUUUUUUGAAUUUUGGAUUUAUGGCAUGUGUUUGAAAAAAUAAGACAGUAUAUGACUUCUGCUAUUCAUUUUGGGGCCAGACCAGACUUUUUUCAUCGGUUUUGGACCUUAUUUAGACAUUUUUUGUCAUGGAUAAUAUAAUUUUUCCUCAAUUCGCACGAAAUUUUUCCGUAUUCGACGUAAAAAAGGUGUCUAGAAUAAAUUCUGAGUUAUUUUGAAGGAUCUAAACGUCUUUUUUCACCUGAUUUUGCCAAUUUUUUGUCAUGGAUAAUAUAAUUUUUUUGAAAAAUGUUAAUUUCGGCCUUUCCAGGCGACAAAAUCAACUUCCGAGGCCCAACUUUUCAACAUAUUUACCAUGGAAAUGGCCAGUUCUCGACUGGGCAUACUCCCGCUAACACUCCCGAUAAGACUCGUUAUGCUCAUUUCAAACGAAUUUCGUUGAUCGCUGGAGGCACUGGGAUCACUCCCAUCCUCCAAAUCAUGAACAAGAGCUUGAAAGACCCCGAUGACAAGACGGAAUUUGCACUAUUAUUCGGCAAUCAAACUCAGGACGACAUUUUGUUGAAGUAAGUUUAUUGUUGUAGGGGGAAUGGGGAAAAAGUGAUUUUUGAGGGUUAGGAUGAUUGGAAAGUGUUGAAGUUUGUUUGGAAUGGAGGAAUAAUGCCUUGAGGGGUUUUAAGAAAAAAAAAUUUUGUUUGCGCUUUCGUAUUUUCAUCGAGAAAUUUGAGAUUUUUUGAAAAUUUCCAAAGGUUUUUGCGAAAUUAGUCGAAAAAAAAUUUUCACAAGUUACAGGUCGAGAGAUGUGUCAAAAAAUCGCAAAUUUUUUUUUUGAUUCAUAAUAUGUAAAAAUUAGCUGCCCAGUUUUGGUUUGUAAAGGCGAAAAUACCCUCAGAACUUUUCUCGCAACACCACACAAAUGCCCCUUUUUUAUAUUGGAACUAAUAAUUAAGGUGUAGUGUUAAUCAAAUUUUAAGGCUUGUCAAAUGAUGCCAGGGUUUGCCUUACAAUUGCUAGCCCAAAACAAAGCUUUUGAAUUGGUAAAAACUUGGUCAAAAAGGUAUUUGCGUGGUGUUGUCAGAAAAAUUCUGAGGGGGUUUUUCGCCUUUACAAACCAAACUUGGACACCUAAGUUUUACAUAUCAGUCUGUCGUUGAAAGAACGCCGCAGAUCAAACUGAGAUAAGCUAAAACAGUCCGGUGAAUGGAUCGGCAAUUUGCCAAAAAAAGACGCGAAAAAACGUUCUGUUGGGGAAGAAAUGGGGAAUUUUUGGGGCGAGAGAGUACGCUUUUGCGUGUCUUUUUUCUCUCUUUCUCAGCGAAAUCAAGACGAAGUGUAAAAAACCGAUAGCGAAGAGUCUAUUCCGGUCACCGGAUUCAUCAGUUUGACGCCCGGCGCACGGUUUUUUACACUUCGUCAUGAUUUUGCAGAGAAAGAGAGAAAAAAGACAUGCAAAAGCGCACUCUCUCGCCCCAAAAAUUCCCCAUUUCUUUCCCGACAAAGCGUUUUUUCGCAUCUUUCUUGGCAAAUUGCUGACCUAUUCACCGGACUGUUUGAGCUUAUCUCAGUUUGACGUGCGCCGGGUUGUCGCACAUUGGUUGUCCGGACCUGUAACUCCAUACCCCAUAGAAGUACUUUCCUUGUGAAAAUUUUUGAAAAUUUUUUAGUUUUUGCAAAAUUAGAUCAAAAAAUUUUUUUUAUUUUUCCAGAAAUGAACUGGACGAGAUCCACGAAAAGCACCCCUCUCGUUUCCGUGUCACCCACAUCCUCAGCCAACCCAUCCCCGACCAGCCGUGGGGAGGGCUGACGGGUUAUAUCACAGCCGAUCCCAUCCGAAGAACCCUGUUCCCAGUGGAUCCAAACACCGCGUUCGUCAUCUGUGGCCCACCGGCAAUGCGAGAGAAGGCGGUGUUGCCGGCGUUGCAGGAGCUGGGCGUCGACAAGGACCAUAUUUUUGUGAUGUAG